AUGGAUGAGUACUCGACGGGGUUUUGCAUUAGAGCGGCGGCGCGCGGGGGCGGAACAGGGAGCAAGUGCGGGCGUUGGAAUCCGACAGGGGAACAAGUAAAAGUUCUGACGGAGCUGUUCAAGUCAGGUCUCAGAACUCCCACUACUGAUCAGAUCCAAAAGAUAUCUGCAGAGUUGAGCUUUUAUGGUAAGAUUGAGAGCAAAAAUGUUUUUUAUUGGUUCCAAAACCACAAGGCUAGAGAGAGACAGAAACGACGCCGUAUUUCCGUUGAUGACCUUCACACCACCCCUUCUAAACAAUUUGGUAGUGCGGAGAAAAAUGAAGCCGAAAGAGUGAUUGAAACGCUUCAACUGUUUCCGGUGAAGUCUCGGCUGUAUGCAGACGACUGCAAAGAGAAUACAUACAACCUUGCUAUGGAAAUGGAUCAUCCCACCUUGGAUUUGAGAUUGAGCUUUGUUUAG